GAUGCCAAUUUCUACCAAUUUCCAAAGAGACCAAUUUCCAUGCCAAUUUCCGUGAAUUUCCAUUAUUUCCUAACCUCCUUCGCACAUUUUCUCCCUGACUUGCUAUGCUUUCCCGGUGUUUUCCAGCUCUGUGAAGCGUUGAACUUUGAAGUGCACGUGUAUGCGAUUUUCCUUAUCUCAUGUGUUCCCACAAUGUGGCACUUGUUUCCUCUCUUAUCUAAGUUUUAAUCAGAGGAGUUGACUGUGAUGAUCCAGCCCACGUCUGACAGGAGAAGCUGACAUGAGCGUUCUAAGAAUAAUAAAGCCUUGGAUCCGUCAGUAUUUAAAUGAUCAUCUGAUCGACCACUGUGUCGAUCUAAUUGAAGAACAACUGAGUGUGGAAAAGAGUAUUCACUUAGAAAGACUGAUAGAAUGGCACAAUUUAAAAGUAGGUAGUGUGUUAAGAACCUUGGUACAAGAGCUGGAACUUCACCUUCCUGCUGAUUUUUUUACUGUCACAGAUGACUCGUCAUCCCAUCAAAGGACAAAGAAAGAAUUAAAAAGGCUUCAAAAACAACUUCUGAGAACCAGUAAUGAUGAGAAGGAGAAAAUUGAAAUUUCUACUCAAACAGAGAAUAGAAUUGGCCUCCAAGUUAAACCACUGCAUGAACUUUCAAACAAUGUGAGCCCUGAAUUGUUAGUAGGACACUCAUCUGAGACUCCCAAUAAGAAGCAAAAAAAAAACAAGAAAGAGAAUUCAGAUCUUGCAUGCAGCCCAGCAGUUGAACCUUUGGACAAUUUUGCUGGAGAAGAAAGGGAAGAACAAGAAAAGAGUAAGAAGAAGAAGAAAAAGAAAGAAGAGUUAGUAAACAGUAAUAAUCAAACAAAUAUCUCCUUGGAUCAUCUCGACAAUGAUGAAAAGAAGCUUAUGAUUAUGCGAGACUUACUGCUCAAGCUUGCAGAAUUAUUGAGCGAUGAAAAUAGAAUUGAAUUUGAGGAAUAUUACCGCCUAAAAAUGAGCGAUUCGAGUAAAGGAGAUAGUAAAGGAGAAUGUGAAUCCGAAGAAAAUAUUCUUAAUUCAGAUCAUCGUAAAUCAAAGAAGAGGAAGAAACGCAACUCUGAUGUGGUGCAAAUAGUUUCUGAAGCUAAUCCUGACAUACUUGAGACAGAGGAGACUAGGAAGAAGAAGAAGAAGAAAAAGAGAAAAUCGGAAGGAGAGGAUGGUCCUAUCAUAACCCACAUCGGAAGUGUGAACUCACUCCCGGAAUCAGACAAUCUCAGAGACACAUCAAAAAAAUCGUUAGUGCCCACUGACGAGUUUCAUCAUGAGCUGAAUCCAUCGUAUGAUUCCCAGUCGGAUUCAAACCAAGGGAAUUCUCCUAUUUUACUGUCACACGUAAUGGGCAGUGAUGUGGCUGUUAAAACUGAGCUGUCGUUUUCAGAUGAAGGUCCCUCGAAUUCUGCACAUCCUGUGAAACAAGUAGAGUAUGUUCCUGUACCUGAAUCUAGCUGUGCUUUAAAUGUGUCAAACAUUACAUGUAAAAGUAAUCCUCUCCAUGAAUCCCUGAAUAUACCAGAGUCAUCUAUUGGUCAAAAUCGAGCUAAAGAUACUGGUGACAACUUAGAAAAGGAGCUCCUCGAGUUAGAACAAUGUCUCCAACAAGUUAACAAAGAAACUGAUAAUCAGGAGCCAAAAGAAAGAUCAAGCACCUCUGAAAAGCAGAUAAAAAUUGAGGAUCAGCUGUUCUCUGCCUUUGUCAUGCUAGACCCUCUACCAGAUAUGUGCGGGCCUGAUAAUGUGGUCUAUAUUUCGAGUGACGACUCGAGUGACGAAGAAGCCAAAACUGUCAGCCAAUUUUACUGUACUCAGUGCAAAAAAUCUUAUCGUUCUGCAAAAACCCUGAAUGCCCACUCGAAAAGAUUUCAUGAGAGAAGAUGGUCUGAGCAGAAAAGGACAUUCAUUCCAAUCUAUGACACUUCAUCCAUUAAAGUAAAAAAAUCCUUGAACAAUAAUGAAAAUCAACCUCAAAACCCAACAACAUCUACUGAGCGGCACAGUUUUUACUGCACUCCAUGUCACCAGCAGUUUGCCAGUGAAGUUAUCUUACAGCGCCAUAUGCGGUUGCAUGUAAACAACCGGAGGAGUUCACGAAAAGGGGAGCAUGAGAUGUUCCGAUGCCUAAUAUGUUUUGACUUAUAUGACACGGGUGAAUCUCUUAGAAUGCACUAUUCGAAAUGCCAUCCCUUAGAGAAUCCAAGCUAAUAUAGAAACUUCACCAGCAUUUGAAUUUGUUUGAUAGAUUGACUCAUAUUGUGAAGCUUACCUCUACAGAAAAUUACACUAGGAUGAAUUUAUACAGACAAAGUUUACUCUCCCAGGACUUUCAUCACUUCUUUUGUGUAAAUAUGCUCAAUUUGCAUCUACAUUUGUUUUUUCUUCUUUAAGCGCACAAAUGACUACAUUUUUACCCUCUGGAGAUUUUAUCUGUGUUUGUGAAACAUCGAGGCCCAAAUUUCGUUUUUUUUACCAACAAGCAAAUUUACUUUAAACUCCACGUAAAUAAUCUUCCAAAUUCAAGCUGUUUGCGGAGGGCACAGUUUUUUAUUUUAUUUAUUUUUUCAAAUGUAUAUACUUUUUUAAUGGCAAGCUAGACUCUUCCACAAACAUUCAGUGGUGUCAACCAUUUGGCAAAUCCAGGGUAAAUAAUUCUGUACAUAUAUUGGCACAACUUUGAUUUAUGAUUAACUAUGAGUUUAAUUACAAUUAUUAAAUCAAUCCGUAAAAUGUUUUUGGCUGUAUGUAGUUUUGACCUCAUUUUUUAGCUUAUAAGCCUCAAAAAAUUAUAUAUUCUUGGGGCAUGGAGCUGCAAACUGUUGCUCUGUCUUUUUGGAAUAACUGAAGAAAACUCACUAUUAGUUGUGUAUCAAAGUAGUGGCGAUGCACAGGACUGUCAACCCUGGAUUCAUCUUAGUCAAAUAACUCAGGUAAACAUCUUGCACCGUAUGUAAAUGGAAGGUAACCACUCCCAAAAUUUGAGCCUUUACCUUGAUUUUCAAGGUUCGCUCUCAAUGAUAUGUUGAUUUUUGUGCUAUUUUGUUCUAAAAAAUGAGGCCUUGACUUAAGAUAUUUUGUUAUGUCUGCUGUUUCCAAUUUAAAUUUUUACGACGUCUGCAUUACAGCAGCUAUUUUCAAUGUCAGUUACAGAUGUUUGAUUUCCUAUUGUAAUGAUUGUUGAGUUCAUUUAAAUCUACAAACUUUUAAUUUAUCAAUUUGCGUGCUAACUUCAAAAAUAAUCAAAGUGUGAAGAUACUUUUUUUUUAGCAUUCUGAUUUUGUACAUCACCAAAUAUUUUUAAGCAAAUGUUUUCAAUUAAACUUUUAUAAAUCUUCUUUACAUGUGUUAAAACUUUAGUAUCAUUUCAAAUAUUGUAGACAUUUAUGACUCUUUUUACUUGAGAUCAUGAAAUUAGGGUGUCUACAGAUCUGGGAAACCCGGAAUCCUCAGUGAAUUCCAUCAGGUUGGAGAAAUUAGGGAAAAGUUAGGGAUUUUAAUGAAGAAGGUUGGAAAUCCAAAAAAUCUUGAAGCUUUAAAGCUAAGAAAACAUCAAAGCUAUCCACAUAACCAAACUGAGUAUCAGUUUGACGCGGUUCAAUCUUCUGAAUUACACUCUGAACGGCGAACAGAAGAAUGAGUUUCAAUGAGAAAUUGCAAUUAUAGUUAAUGAGUCAGUUGCGCUAGUCAUCGAAUCGUGUUUUGAUGCUUGAUUAUCAUACAUAGGCUAAAAAUAAUAUGAUCUGUCCAAACAGCAACUUUCCACAUUCAAUAAUAACCGAGAUAUCGCCCUUUGUAAAGUCGGGUUUUUGAUGUCAUCCAUCCCGUUAGUGACACCCUUGGUUUCUUCAACCUUGCUUUAAUCAAUCAGCGUGACACACAUUUGCACUAGUCAUUCAACGUGAAACUCGGAUGAAAGCAAGGUGGAAGAAACCAAGGGUGUCACUACCGUGAUGGAUGACGUCAAAAACUGGACUUUUCAAAGGGCGAUAUCUCGGUCAAUAUUGAACGUAGAAAGUUGCUGUUUGGGAAGAUCUUAUUCUUUUUAGUUAAUCUACGAGAAUCAAGCAUCUCAAAACGAUUCUGUGACUAGCGCAACUUACUCAUUGAAUAAUCAACACCUGAAAAAAAAAGGUUCGCACGUUUCUGCCGUUUGCCUUGAAAUUGAAGCUAAAAAUUUUUCAUUUUCAGGCACACAUGGAAAUUUCUGAUAUAUAGUCAGGGAAUUUUGAUUAUUUUGGGGAGAGAAAACCUGGGAAAGUUGGGGAAAUUUUUGCUGCUUGGUCUGUAGACACCCUGAAUUAGUUUGAAUUGUAUGGAUUCUACAGUGAAUUUGAUGAAGGUUUUGAGGUAUUUUCUCUACUGGGAUUUUAGUUAGUCAGCUUUUUAGCUCUAAGUAAUUUACUGCACAUUUCCAUUUGAAAUUAAGUGGAAGAAUAGCCAAGUUAUGAUGUUACCGAGAGUGUACAUCUCUCUAUAUGUUUGGUUCCUUUUUCUUGUGUUUCUUGGUGAAAGUAAGGAAGCUGUGAUACAAAUACUAAUAAUUAAUCUCAAGCUAUUAUUCAUCAAAUUACGUACCUGAGAGUAAUUUUUUUUCUUUCUUUUUUUUUCGAAUUAUUAAAUUUCCUCUGACUUGUUGGUAAGAAAAAUUUAUCAAGUGCUCCAAAAAUGAAUUGUGUUAAAAGAACUAAUUUUUUGUCUAUCCACCGUAUUUUAAACUUAUUUCUAAUUCAAAGAGUUAAAUCUGGAGUUAACUCCUUAUCAAAAAUAAAGAUGAAAACUUAAAAACGUAAAAAAAAACAAAUGAAAAUUAUAGAUUCAUAAAAAAAAGUUAAAAAGAAUGAUAGGUAAUUAUUGCAAUAAGGUAGUUGAGUUCAUUUUUAUCGUAGCUGAUAAAAAAUGAAAAAGUAUGCUUAUUAUUGAAUUGCGUUGAUCAAGUUCAACUUUCUUAUAAUCGAUGCAAAAAAUGUGUGGACAUGGAUAAAACUGCGUUUUUUUUCUACUCUUUUGACUGCAUGUAUUCUUCAUUUAAGUGCUUCCUUCACUAAUAAAUCAUUUGAUAGGCAGAUCGACAAAAUAUGUUUUUUUGAUAACAGAACUGUAAUUUAAAUGAUUUUUUAAAAGAUUGUGGAAGCCUUGUCAAAUUUUCCAGUUAUUUAUUUGAUUAAGACUAAUGUUUUUACUCUCAUGUACCAUGAAUUUUUGCCUACCUAGUUUUAAUUAUACUGAAAUUUGUCCCCAAAUCCGGGCCAAAAUCUUGUCAGAAACCAGGAAACCACUCAAUUAAAGACUUAGGUGCGACAAAGGCUUUUCUCAGUUUCAGUAUUUCAGAAUAGAGCAAAAAGAAAAAAAAAUUUAUAGUUGAGUGAUGGAAAAAUUCAAUAUUUUUCAUAAUUUGAGAAUAUUUUCAGCAUUUUACUUUUCAGAAAUUAACCGAUCCAGUAGUUCCCUCAAAAAAAAAAAAGAGAGAAAUUGUUGGUGGCAAUUCUGAAAGACUCUUUGAGAAAAGUGCUCUCUUCUCGCCCAAAUAACCCUCAAUUUUAUUCUAGCAGAGUCUCAACUCCAGUGAAGUCUAUACCAGCAAUGCUAGUUAGUCAAGGAUGUUGGACUGUUAUUCAUGAAAUUAUUUAGGCCCCUGCAUGUAUGAGACUGACUCCUAUUUUCCAAAAUACUGCCCAAAAUUCAUGUCGUAUAUAACUUGUGUAGAUAUUAUUAAUUAUUAAUGUGUGUUCCUCAUAAGUGGAGCUCUCUAUGUUUAAACCUUGUUUUCAUUAUUACUUUAAUUUUUACUUCUUACAUAAUUUUUUACAUUCUAAUUUGUUCAUUUUACUUUUAAUUUUUUUGUUAGGCCUCUUAGAACUUGUGUCGGAUAAAUUGGUUGCUAUGCACUUUCCGUUCGCAAACAACUAUGGAAACCGUUUGCUACUGGAUACUGCCGCCCAGUAGCAAUUGAGAAUUGGACUUCAUUUUGUAAUUAGAAACUACAAUUUCAGGCUCAUCUGUAAAAACACCUAUGUGUACAAGGAAACUAAUGGUCCAUAUGUUGUUUCUAAACUUAGCCAGAAAUUGUAGUUCCUAAUUGCAAAAUAUAGUCCAAUUAACACACAGCAAUAAUGUUGCUGUGUUGCCAUUGUACCCAUGUACCUUUACCCAGGGAUUUUACUAAAACUGUUUACUGCACAUCAAAGUCAAAAGUAAACAACUGCCAACUUAUCUGAUGCAAGUUUAUACCUCAUACUUUACUACUUACCUCAUACUGUACAUAUGUCUGUUGAAAUUUCUAAAGAAGAACUUUUUUAUGUUUUUAAAAUUUUAUUUGAUAAGUAGCAGUGAUAUUUUGUUUUUUUCAGAUCAAACAAACAACUUAGUCUAUUGAUAAUAAUAUUUUAGCCCUAUAGUAUUAUGUCGUCUGCUUGAGGGUUGCUCAUAAUAUUACGCAUUGGAAGCAAGGGGGUUAAGUAUCUUCAUUUGUACAAAAUGAAGUUUCAAGAAUUUUGUUAUAUUUUGGAAAGUAAGAUAUUUCGAUUCAAACUUUAUAGAAUGAAAUAAAGUUGGGGGGUAUGUUGCAUAAUUCCUUCGAGUGCGGAAAUCGAAUGAAGGUAAAGUAAAACCAUUGGAAAGAGAGUUAUGUAAUUCAUGAAGCAUCCCUUAACGUUGAAUGGACAUCUAGAGAUAUGCCUCCCUACUAACGUUAGCCAUCAGGAUUAAAAACAAUAGUCUGACGAUAAUUUAGAUAAAGAAGUUAGCAUUUGAAUAUCCUCUGUAAAGUGAAUGGGAAGUUUUUUUUUUCCUCUCCAAGAAUACCUGAUUAAAAUUAUCAGGGACAGAAUAACUACCUAAGUUGCUGAAACUUUGUAGUGUUUAAAUCAAAUGCCGCAAUAUCCUUCAACUGACAGGUUUAGUGAAUACUCUUCUUAACUAAACGGCCCAGCUAUCACCCAAGAGAAAAUAAUCGACAAAAUGGAUAUGAAAUUUAUUUCGUUAAUAGGGUUCAGAAGAAUUGUUGAAAGUCACAUUCAAGAGAAAAACUUGUGUAUUCCAAUGAUGCACAUUUUCAAGAUGAAAACUUACUUUUCCUUCAAAACGUUUGCAAUAUGUUCAAUUUGCGAUUGAUUAAUGUUUGUGGGAUUUACUAAUUAUUUAAGAAUGUAAUAGAUGAAGAAGUCUUGGUGCCCCUAUGAAUGACCUCUUUAUUCUCAGUUGCGAUGGCUGUACAGCCCAGAUCAAUGCAACAAAUGUGCAUAGCUGUUCAAGUCUUGAGUUAUCGGCCGUACAUCUUGAAAGAAUAAGUAGCAUAGCUAGGUUACUAUGUUUUGAGAAGUUUACAUGCCAUGUUUAAGAAGUGUUAGUAUGUUUGAUGAAAUAAUUCAUGCAGCUCUAUUCCAACCACUUUGCAAUGAUUCUUCUCCUCUUUUCUAAUCUAAAGUAUUGAGUAAUUUUUGUUUUAAGCAGUAUAUUUUUAAUAGUAAGUUACCUGGAGUUCCUAAGAGAUGAAAUUUAAAAUCUCAGGGCAUGCAGUUUCAGAUAUGUAACGAUUUUUAUAUGAUCCUUCAUCUUGCUCAAAGAUUGUAUUCUUACAAAACUGCGAAAGCAAUCUACUUUGAAAUAUAAAAGUUUUUUCUGUUUAA